AUGGCUCUUUGCGCCCUCCUGCAUCAACUGUUCUCCCAGAAGCCUCAGCUGAUCCACAAUGCCCUUCCGGCAUGGGAGAAAAACGGCAAGAAACUUGUGAAAGAGGUGGCGGAGCUAUGGCGAACAUUGCUCGCGGCCGCGAAGGAUGACCAGGUUCACGAUGUGACGUGCGUACUUGACGCACUGGACGAAUGCCGACUGUCCGACCGAAAUGCUACUGAUUGGAAUAUUCCCGACAAUCUCCCAACGAUCCGACUUCGUGGUGAAGAAGAGAACGACCAAAUCCACGGAGAAAUUGACUUGGUCAUCCGAAUGCGAGUGGCACAACUCGCGGCAGACCUGAGAUUGGAUGGCCACAUAAAGGACCAACUAGAAACGAAACUGCUAGAGAUGGAACAUCGCACGUACUUAUGGCUCCAUCUCGCUAUUGAAGGUAUCUAUAAGACGUACCAGAGCAGUUUGCGACCUGAGGAAGUAUCGAUCAAGUCUCUCCCCGUAAGUGUUGAAGACGCCUACGAGAAAUUUUUGAAUCGUAUCAGUGGGGAGCAGAAACGCAAUAUGGCCAUCGCUCUUGGGAUAGCAUCGUCAACACUCGCUACCUCCCUGUACAAGGUCAAACUCGACCCUAUCAGGCAGGAGCGUAAUAUUCGUGAUUGGUGUGGUCUCUUUAUCUUCAUAAAUCAUGCUCGAAUAUACCUCAUUCAUCAGACAGCCAAGGAGUUUUUGAUCCAGGACAAGAACUGCACUACCUUUUCAUCAGGAUGGAAGUACUGCCUGGAUCCGCAAGGAAUCCAGAAAGAGAUGACUCGAAUAUGUGUUGAAUAUCUAUAUUUGGAAGAUGUUUGGCCCACGGCGGAAACGCUUAUCCGGAAGUUCCAAAAAUAUCGGAGAUUUGACAAGAUUUUGGAGAAAGACAACCACAUCCAAAGCCUUUUGGCCUAUUCAGCAGAACACUGGCCGUCUCAUCUACGAGAAGCAUCCUUACCUCAAGAUGAUUUGGCAACAUUUCGGAUUCUUGGGUUUUAUCAGGUCAACAGCAAGUUGUGCAAUCUCUGGUUCCCAAUAUUUUGGCAGGCGACGAGGCCAUAUGACGAUCUUCCGGGGAUGAGUGCGAUACGACUUGGGGGAUUACUGGGCCAUGAAAAUGUAUUGGAGUUGACUUUACAGCGGAAAAACGAUUACGAUAUUGACGAAUCAGGCAGAGACGGCCGAACAGCAUUAAUCUGGGCAAGUGAGUAUGGCCACGAGAUGAUUGUGCAGACACUUCUUGAGCGAGGAGCAGAUAUCAAUGCCCAAGGAGGACUCUAUGGCAAUGCACUCUAUGCGGCAUCAGCGCGUGACCACGAGACGACUGUGCAGACACUUCUUGAGCGAGGAGCAGAUAUCAAUGCCCAAGGAGGACUCUAUGGUAAUGCACUCCAAGCGGCAUCAACGCGUGGCCACGAGACGAUUGUGCAGACACUCCUUGAGCGAGGAGCAGAUGUCAAUGCCCAAGGAGGUGGAUAUGGCAAUGCACUCCAAGCGGCAUCAGAGGGUGGCCACGAGACGAUUGUGCAGACACUCCUUGAGCGAGGAGUAGAUGUCAAUGCCCAAGGAGGUAGAUAUGGUAAUGCACUCCAAGCGGCAUCAGAGGGUGGCCACGAGACGAUUGUGCAGACACUCCUUAAGCGAGGAGCAGAUGUUAAUGCCCAAGGAGGUGGCUAUAGUAAUGCACUCCAAGCGGCAUCAGUGGGUGGCCACGAGACGAUUGUGCAGACACUUCUUGAGCGAGGAGCAGAUAUCAAUGCCCAAGGAGGAUUAUAUGGCAAUGCACUCCAAGCGGCAUCAUACCGUGGCCACGAGACGAUUGUGCAGACACUCCUUGAGCGAGGAGCAGAUAUCAAUGCCCAAGGAGGAUUAUAUGGCAAUGCACUCCAAGCGGCAUCAUACCGUGGCCACGAGACGAUUGUAUAG